ACUCUCACACUUCGUCAAAGAUUGCCAGCUGCCCCGAGCAUUCACCAUCAGAGGUAUCCCAGCAUUUUGAAUGAUAUGACGACUCCCGCCAAGACGUCUUCGGCUCCGCGUCAGCGUCUGAGAGAGCUCUUGCCAUUCGUCAAAGUUGGACGAUACCCCACAGGCAGACACAAUAGCAUUACCGAUGUCCCCGGUCUCCUUGUUCAUACUGAGUCCAUCCGUAAGCCCAACUCGGUGGACGAGACGACGGGAAAGAAACAGCUCGCUCAGAAUACCGGCGUCACCGUCAUUCUGCCACGGAAGAAUUGGUUUGAAAAGGGAUGUUAUGCCGGAAUCUUUCGCUUCAAUGGGUCGGGCGAGAUGACGGGAUCUCACUGGCUGGAAGAGACUGGCCUGCUGCACUCCCCCGUGGUCAUUACUAACUCGUUUGCGAUUGGUCCUUGUUACAGUGGAAUCUAUCAAUACGCGCUCAAGCACUACCCUCCGAACGAGGAACACGGUGUCGAUUGGUUCCUGUUGCCCGUUGUUGGCGAAACAUUCGACGGGUUCUGCAGUGAUAUAGCCGCCAUGCCCGUCACGCCAGACAUGACGGUUCGCGGCAUCGAGAACGCCACGAGUGAUCCUGUCAAGGAGGGAUGUACAGGCGGAGGAACCGGCAUGAUGUGCUGCGGUUUCAAGGCUGGCACCGGGACUGCCUCUCGAAUCAUCAAAGGUUCAGAGAAUGGUCAAACGGUGGAAUAUACCAUCGCUGCAUUGGUCCAGAGCAAUUUCGGGAAGAUGGACAACCUCACAUUCUGUGGAGUUCCCAUCGGUCGACUUCAUCUUCAAGAAGUCGCUUCGAGAUGGAAAGAGACUGGCGAACCAGAGCCGAAAUUCGUCGAUCCCAGACCUAAAGAAGGAAGUAUCAUCGUGGUCAUCGCUACGUCGGCCCCUCUGAAUCCGGUCCAACUUCAACGACUGGCAAAAAGAGCUACCUCAGGCGUAUCAAGAGUCGGCGGCUGGGGAUCCAACUCUUCUGGAGAUAUCUUCCUGGCAUUCUCAACAGGCGUCGAAUUGGAGCGAGACCCGCCUGUUUCCCUCUGGGCUCCUACCGCAGAACAGGGCGGUCCAGUUGCGUACGACGUCAGUCUGAAUGCUCUAUUGGAAGCUUCCGCAGAUGUCACCGAGGAGGCUAUCAUGAACAGUCUGUGUAUGGCAGAGACGACUGUGGGUCCAGGUGGACGGGUGGCGCAUGCUUUGGAUCUCGAUUGGGUGAAGAAAACCAUGGAAAAGCAUUACGUCGAUGCGCCAUAUUUGGAGGUCAAGUAGAUAGCUUGUAAGCCAAGAAUGUAUCUUGUUAUCAAGAGCAGUGCGUCAGGUCAGGUA